CCUCGGGAGACAAGUCACAGUGGAACUCAGCCUGGGUGGCUGGUACCGUGCGUUCCUUGCUCUCCUCCUCUCUUCACUCCUGCCAGUUCCGCCGUCGCCCCAGCCGCCGCCAUGGCCCAAGCUGAUAUUGCACUGAUUGGACUGGCUGUCAUGGGCCAGAACUUAAUUUUGAACAUGAACGACCAUGGCUUUGUGGUCUGUGCUUUUAAUAGGACAGUCUCCAAAGUUGAUGAUUUCUUGGCCAACGAGGCAAAGGGAACCAAGGUAGUGGGUGCACACUCCCUGGAGGAGAUGGUCUCCAAGCUGAAGAAGCCGCGGCGGAUCAUUCUGCUUGUGAAGGCUGGCCAGGCUGUCGAUGACUUCAUCGAAAAAUUGGUGCCAUUGUUGGACGCCGGUGACAUCAUCAUUGAUGGAGGAAAUUCUGAGUACAGGGAUACCACGAGACGAUGUCGAGACCUCAAGGCCAAGGGAAUCUUGUUUGUGGGGAGCGGUGUCAGCGGUGGAGAGGACGGGGCCCGGUAUGGCCCGUCACUUAUGCCCGGAGGGAACAAAGAAGCCUGGCCCCACAUCAAGACGAUCUUCCAGGGCAUCGCUGCGAAAGUAGGAACCGGAGAGCCCUGCUGUGACUGGGUGGGAGAGGAGGGAGCAGGACACUUUGUGAAGAUGGUGCACAACGGGAUCGAGUACGGGGACAUGCAGCUGAUCUGCGAGGCCUACCACCUGAUGAAGGACAUCCUGGGCAUGGAGCACAAGGAGAUGGCGCAGGCAUUUGAGGACUGGAAUAAGACCGAGCUAGACUCGUUCCUGAUUGAAAUCACGGCCAAUAUCCUCAAGUUCCAAGACAGCGACGGCACCCCCCUGCUGCCCAAGAUCCGGGACAGCGCGGGGCAGAAGGGCACGGGGAAGUGGACCGCCAUCUCGGCCUUGGAGUACGGCGUGCCCGUCACCCUCAUCGGAGAAGCCGUCUUUGCCCGAUGCUUGUCAUCGCUGAAAGACGAGAGGAUCCAGGCUAGCAAAAAGCUGAAGGGGCCUCAGAAGACCCAGUUUAAAGGCGAUAAGAAAUCAUUCCUGGAGGACAUUCGCAAGGCCCUCUACGCGUCCAAGAUCAUCUCUUACGCGCAAGGCUUCAUGCUCCUGAGACAGGCAGCCACUGAAUUUGGCUGGACCCUCAACUAUGGUGGCAUUGCCUUGAUGUGGCGGGGCGGCUGCAUCAUCAGAAGCGUAUUCCUAGGAAAGAUAAAAGAUGCAUUCGAUCGAAACCCAGGACUGCAGAACCUACUGCUGGAUGACUUCUUUAAGUCAGCCGUUGAAAAUUGCCAGGACUCCUGGCGGCGGGCAGUCAGCACGGGGGUGCAGGCGGGCAUCCCUAUGCCCUGCUUCACCACCGCCCUUUCCUUCUACGAUGGCUACAGGCACGACAUGCUGCCGGCCAACCUGAUCCAGGCUCAGCGGGAUUACUUCGGGGCUCACACCUAUGAACUCUUAGCCAAGCCCGGAAAGUUUAUCCACACCAACUGGACAGGCCACGGGGGCAGCGUGUCGUCAUCCUCGUACAACGCCUAACUAGACCUGGGUCACCCCCCGCGAUUCCAUAGACAUUCCAUUUACCACACAACACUGCUUACGCGGCCCUUUGCCCUACUUGCUGCACAGAUCUUUUAAAAUAGUAUCGUAAGAGGCUCCUGAAAGUCACCCCGAGCUCCCUUGGGGAGCAGUUCUGUGAGAGCCGUCCCGCCCCCUGCCCUUGCCUCCCGGGACUGACGGGGGAUUGUCACGUGCUUCGUAGGAGGAGCCAGCUCCUUGAAGCUGUCACUGUCCACAGGUCCCCACGGAUCAGGGAGGCCCCCUGAGUUCGCCUUGAUAGAGCGAUCACAGAGAAGGGAAGGGGUCUUAUGGAAUCUCUUCAGACUGGAUCCUUUGUCUCAUGCAGCCCGAUUCCCUUUUCCUCUCCUUAAUAAAAGC